CGCAAGUCGUGAGGGAAGUGCGGAGGUAUCGGGGUCGCCGGCCGCCUAGCAUGCAGGCUGCUUUAGGCUGCCACGCGCCUGCGGGACAGAUCCCAGCUAGUGCACGCUGGCGCACAUAUACUCCUCCUUGUGCGCCCAGCAGCAGCGGUCGACUCCACAGCAGGCUAAUUGCGCGAGCUGGCAAAGACGGCAAGGACGAUAAGUCCAAACGCACAGAGGAAAAGGCGGAUUUUUCAGCGCUGUGGGCGUUGCGCAUCAAGAACUUCUUUAGCAGCCGCCGGAAGUAUCUACAGCAAGCAGAGCAGCCCACGGAGGAUGUGGAGGAAAAGGCAGCUGAAGCGGCGAUGGCACGAGAAGAGGCAAAAUUACGAAAAAUGAGGGAGGAAGUGAUGGAGCUGCGCGAAGCGGAGCUUCGGCAGGAGGAACGACCUGGCGAUUUGCGCGAGAGCCUCGUUGCCAGCGACAUCGCGCGCGCACGACUAGACCUGCAAAGCAGUCCGGUGACUAAGGCCACGUUGGCCGUCGUCCGGGUGCGGGAGUUCCUGCGGGCGGUGCUCAUGUUGCCCUUCAGCCUCACAGCAGCAGCGGUGCAGUCCUGGCAGGGCCUGUUCAACUCCCAACGGUACGAGAAUUUCCUCAUGUCGGAGGGUGAGCGCAUGUGGUACUGGCGCAACCGGAUGGAGGACGAGCGCUGGUUCUGGGAGGUGCUUGUGUGGGACCGAUUGCUGUUCCCCAUAAUCGCGAUCAUCUCCUACGAGUGGCUGGUGCCGAACCACUUCUUGUGGGCGGUGGUGGCGCCCGUUGCCCUCCUAGGCUGGCUAACCGGCCGUCUAGCUACGCCAGCAACACCGGAGUUUUGGAUGAUUGCCUAUUUUGGCUUCUACCGAAAGUGCUGGCCAGAUUUUUCUGGAUGGCUGGCGAAUAACGUGCUGCCGCUCUUGAUUUGGUAA